AUGAGCUUAAUAUUAAGCUGGUGCGAGUCACCAUCCUCUGCCCGAUGCCGCAGGUCGGGGUCGUUCCGCGCGUGGCGGCCGGGCCCGCCGCGCGCCCCGCUCAACGCGAGCGUCUCCGCGCACCCGCUGCUGCCGCUGCCGCCCGGCUCCGACGCGAUUUCCCUGGAGUGGGACAAGCAACCUCACUACCUGGAGGCCUCGCUGAUGAUGAAGGGCUACAGCGCGGAGGAGGCGCGUGCGGCGGCGCAGCGCGCGCGCUCCCCCACGCGCUCCCCGCCGCGCACGCCGCCCCGCCGCCGCUCUCCCCCGCCGCUCGCAGCUACCGCCUUUGCCACCACGAGGGACAAGGUCAGCACAACUCUACCCCCUUCUCUAUCUCUACUUACUGCACUUAGAUUGUUUGAAAUCACACAGAAGCACUAUUUCGCCGGAGAGUUCAUGGAGUCAGACGGGUCGCGAAAGUGUCCGCGCGCGCGCUCCCACUCCGCCGCCUCGUGGGCAGCGCCCGCCACCAGGUCAGAGCCGCGCGUCUUCGCCACGCACGCACACACCCACCCGCACAUACACGCACACACACACGCACACGCACACUGCCACGCGCCCUGCCGACACCGCGCCAACCCCUAG